UCUCCCGUCAGACGUGUCCCCUGCCCUGUCAAUCAAACCCAAACAGCCCGCCUCCGAGGAUCUGGACUCCUUGAGGCAGAGACUGAUGAAGGAGGAGGGACUGAAGUUGAUUCGACUGAUCAGAGACGGAGAGAAGAAAGGAGUGAGUCCAGAGGAGGUGUACACCAGCCUGAGAGUGACAAAGGACAGCAGCCUCCUGCCCUGCAAGUGGUUAAAGACAGAACUCCCUCUGCUGCUGGACCAGAUCAGAUCAUUGGCGGCGACGUCUUCCCUUCAGUAUGAGAGGACCAUAAUGGAGACCACGAGCACGUCACGUGAAGCUCCCCCUGAGUCUCAUGUGAAAGACUCUGAGAGUCCAGACAGAGAAAGUGGGGUCCAGUUAUCCAGAGUGGAGGCUAAGCAGGCGUGGCUGUCAGCAGGGGGCGACACUGAGAAAGCUGCAAGACAAGCUCUGAGAGACAGACUCGCCAAGGUAAGGGAGCUGUGUGCGCUGGGCUUCAGUGAUGAGGCUCACUGUCAUGAGGUUUUGAGGCAGAGUGGAGGUGAAGUGAGAGGGGCCUUGGUCCUGCUGCAGCGACCCCUGCUGGAAGCUUUCCACAAGCGCAUUUGGAGCGACAAGCCUGAGCAGCCUGUGGACAUCCAUCACCCCGACAAACAGCGUAUCUGUCGGAGGUUGCUCGCCGUGUAUGACCUUCCUAGCUGGGGUCGUUGUGAGCUGGCGCUGUCCCUGCUUCUGGAGCACAGCGCCCCCUACUCCCUGGAGGAUGUAGUGAUGGCUGUGCGGGAGUCUCACGACCGGGAGUUCAUCAAGAGAGUUCUAGCUAAAGAGUGUCCCAUCUGCCUCUCUGUCUUCCCCCACAGCAAGAUGCAGUCCCUGACGUCUUGCCAGUGCUCGGUGUGUUGCGGCUGCUUCCGGCAGCACUUCACCAUCGCUGUGAGGGACAAACACAUCAGGGACAUGGUGUGUCCGGUCUGCUGGGAGCCGGACAUCAAUGACCCUGAACACCUCAACAGCUACUUUUCAACUUUAGACAUCCAGCUGCGAGAGUGUCUGGAGUCUGAGGUCUACGAGCUGUUCCAUAAGAAGCUGACAGAACAGGCCCUGAUCAAGGACCCCAAGUUCCUCUGGUGCUGUCACUGUUCGUACGGGUUCAUCUACGAUGGAGAUCAGCUGAAGGUCACCUGCUUUCAGUGCCGGAACAGUUUCUGUGCUCAGUGUAAGAAACCUUGGGAGUCUCAGCACGCAGGCCUGUCCUGUGAGCAGUACCAGUCAUGGAAGAGAGAGAAUGAUCCAGAGUAUCAGAGACAGGGCCUGGCUGGAUACCUCAGAGACAACGGCAUCACCUGCCCCAAUUGCCGCUUUCAGUAUGCGCUGUCUAAAGGAGGCUGCAUGCAUUUCUGCUGCUCACAGUGUCGUUACCAAUUCUGCAGUGGCUGCAACAACCCUUUCCACACUACCUGUGCGGUGGAGGAGUGCAGUGUUUCUGGAUUACAUGCUCAUCACCCCAGAGACUGCCUCUUCUAUCUGAGAGACUGGGAGCCCUCCAGACUACAGGCUUUACUGCAGAAUAACGGAGUGACCUUCAACACCGAACCCUCUCCUGGAACUCAGACAGGUCUGUGUGGAGUGAUAGAGCAGAAGGAUGAGGGAGGGCAGCAGCCAGACUCAGCCUGUGGAGCUCAGACCCAGACUGGACACGCUGGACUGUGCGAGAAACAUUACAGGGAGUACCUGGUCAGCCUGAUCAACAGCCACUCCAUCGACCCGGCCCCCCUGUACAGCUCCAACGAGCUGCUGCUGGCCUGCAAGAGAUACAAAGUGGACGACAGCCGCAGGGACGGAGAGGACAGCUUCACCUUCUACAGCAGACUGCUGGAGAAACUGAUGGAUGAGGUCGCACUUGGUGACAAAGUGCCACGCAAGAAAUAAUGGAUGCUACUGUUCCUGCUUCCUGCUGUCGUAAACAUCUCAACCCGUCAACUUCAAACUCACCUACACUAAACCCGUUUUUCUUUAAAGUGAGGAAUUCUGUGAGGAAGAUGUCAAAAGAGCGAUCUGCUAAAACACUCCUUAAAGUUUACAACACCUCAUAUUCAUUGUGAUGCCUGUAAGACUUAAGAAGAAUUGAUCAUUAAAUAUGAAAAGUCUGGAAACAUAUUUUCGCACACUUCCUUUCUUUUCCACACGUCUGUGUUUGAGCUCCUAAACUCUUCAAUGCAUAUUCAUCCUGGUUGUGUUACGUGUGCCAAAAUAUUCCAAAUGUGCAUGUUUAAACUUCACAUGCAGUCUACAGAUGUUAAUAUAUCCAGGUGGUAUUCUAGCAUUUGUUAGCUUGCAGUGCAUUUAAUAAUACGUGCAAGUUUAUCAGAGCAGAAUUGCACUAAUGCCCAACUGGGUGGAUGUGGACAGGUUUGUAACUUGCAGCUCUUUGUUGCUCUUUUAAACACAGGAUCUGAUUGGACGGUUAGACGUGAGGCAGGAGUGUAGAUCUCAGUAAGCGUGCAUGUUGUGCUCUGUACUUUGUCAAAAUAAAUGUGAUGCUUCCUCAAAA